AUGUGCGACAGCCUCCACAACAAAUGCGGUGUGUCACAGUCAUCUCCAGAGGAAAGCCUUUUCAAGGAUUGCGUCCUGUUUUCCGACGGCAUAAAGAAGGUCGUCAACAAUGGCACAAUGGCUGAUGCAUGGAAUUUCCUAUGGGGCUUCAAUACCAACUACGCAGCCCAAAAGGCCACUGGUGAAGGCACAGGAGGAAAGGGCGACGGUAAGCCUCAGAUUGAGAAAUCGGGCAGCAGCACUUCCUCCUCCUCCCCCACUCCUCCUUCUGCCACGCAGCCACCAAACAACAAUUCUAAUAAGGGAGCUGGCGGUGCGACUCAGAACGGAAACACGAACCAGAUGGGAAUGGAUCAAAACGGAAAUAUGCAGCAAAACAUGAACCAGAAUCAGCCUCAGAGCACGGAUCCGAACAUGAGCCAACAAAACAUGAACCAGAAUCAGCCUCAAAGCACGGAUCCAAACAUGAGCAUGAACCAGCAGGGCAUGAACCCAGCACCCGCAGCCGACACCGGACCUCCAGUCGAUCCCAAAGCUAUUGUUGAUAAACUCUUGGGUCGUCAAAUUGAUGUGACCAAAAUCCCCAACAAAGAUUGUCACGAUUACCGAAUUGAAUUCGGUUCGGGAUUCAAAGGUCGCGAAGCAAAAGAUGUAGCUUACCAGCCACUUCAACCAAUUUUCGGCCAUGGCGCUGCAUUAAACAUGGCGAUCAUCACAAGGUGUAUGUUACCAAUUACUUUGACCUCCCAUAACUCUGCCGCCCAAUAA